AUGCCUGGAUCAGAUAUGCGUCGUAACCUCUACGUGUUGGGUAUCCCGUUCGACCUGAACAAGUCCGAGUUUUCGUCCUUGUUCGGUAGAUACGGUACGGUCAUGCAUGCAGUCAUCCUUGCAACAGUGGACAACGCAUCUCGUCGACGGGGCUUUGUGGUUAUGUCAACCCACGAAGAGGCUAGGCUGGCUAUGACGUCUUUGUCAAGAAUGCAGCUAAAGCAAGUGGUUCAUUUCUUCGCUACCAAGACAAUGACUUACUCAGCCCUUACUAACAGAGGCCAUAUCUUGGAUGUUUCUUGGGCCGUCGUGCAGCGAUCUCAGGGGUUCUUGGAUGGCGCUGAUCGUGCCAUGAUGCUUUCUUCAUCUUCUUCGUCUGGAUUCCCCUCUGAGCCUGAAACGCUGGAGUGCUCUAUUCAGCCUGCCGAACCCUUUUACGAUCAGUCUCAUUCUAGUCUCAAGAUUUCUCCGCUGCCCACUGCGAUGCUUUUGGUCACCAAUCUGCCUUCUAUCAUGUUCUCCCAGACCUCCGAUCUGCAACCUCUCCUGUACCCUUUCGGCCCGAUUCGCGACGUACGGAUGCUUGACGGCUCUACUAUGGGUGCCCACCCUGGAUGCACUGCUGCCUUUGUCGAAUACGUCAGCGUAGCGAGCGCUCAGGAAGCGCGGCAGUGUCUUCAAGGCCAGGUCUACUCGAAUAUCCCCGUAAACGCACAGUUCGUACAGGGCUAUGGCGCUAGGCCGCAUCUCUUCCGGCAUAACACCAUGCCAAGCUACGCCGGUACUCCGGACGCUGGGCUGAAUCCCUUUGCUGCUCCGUUUGUCUUUAACUCGUGGGAGGCGCCCUCCGUUCCUUCUUAUGGCGUUCCUCCGUCGAACGAUGCUCAUCGUGCUCAUGCUCAUAUGGGCGUGGUUCCUGGCAGUCUCUCGGACGACACCCUCAGAACUUCGGCUGCUUUCAACUCCUACCGCAUGCAUUGCAAGCCUAGUACCCAGUCAUUUAGCAAUGGUGGUCGACCUCUUGGUCCUCUGCGCACUCAGUCCUCGUAUGUGACGAGCCGGUCCCCUUGGUACCAGCCAACUUUCUGUGCAUGAUCGGGGACCUUGACCCGAUGUCACCCGGCGCACUUCUAUGGCACCCUAACCUGUGUGCUACUCUAUCUCCGGCCACCGAAUUCCAUGCUGUGCUACCUUUCACCCCGAUACCCCUUCGC